CUCAUCUCUUUCUUUAUGCCCCGACCCUCCCUUGACGACUUUGCUAGCGAUGCCUACGAUGAAACUGAGCGUCUGCUCGAUGAUCAUGUCCCGCCUCCCCCUGCGACACCCUCCUCCCGCUGGCCGCUCUUUUCCCUCCUUUCACGACAACAGCGGUUGUUAUGUCUUGUCCCCGCCAUCAUCUCGUCCGUUGUCGCGGGUGGCAUUGCGCCGCUCAUGACUAUUGCCAUAGGCCACAGUUUUGACGCGUUCUCUGACUUUUCUACUACACACAAUGGACCUAAACUGAUGCAGCGCAUUACGGCGGCAGCGCUGCAGCUCGUCGGCCUUGCUAUCGGCUCCUUCCUUCUUUCCAGUCUAACGAGCUUUUUGUGGAUUACUACCGGGGAAAACAACGUUCUUGCUCUCCGGAAGCGCGUUUAUGCGUCGAUUGCCGCAAGAGAUAUCAGUUGGUUCGAUACCACCGAGGAACCAAAGGAUGCUCAAGGGCCUGUUGGUGCUGGCGGACUGAUGGCGCAAUUUGCGAAAGACGCCAACGAAGUUCGAGCAGCAUCUUCGCUCGCCACUGGCCGCAUCAUUGAAUACCUCACAACCUGCAUUGCCUGCCUUAUUCUCGCACUCAGCCGUUCCUACUCACUCACCCUCAUCAUCCUUCUCGCCGUUCCGGUCCUUGUUGUGAUCCAAUUCGCCUCGCAAUUGUUUGCAGGACCUCUUCUUAACAUCGAACGUCAGCAAUCUGCUGUUGCUGCAACUCUAGUGGACCGUGCCGUCACUGGAAUCAACACUGUCAAAGCAUUCAACGCACAAGGUCAUGAACAACGUGCCUUGGCCACCGUCCUUGGACGAAUCGAAACCGCUGUCUGGAAGCUGGUUGCUAUUUGGGGUUUGACCUCCGGCCUUGCGCAAUUUGUCAUGAUGGGAAUGUUUGUUCAGGGCUUCUGGUUUGGUGCCCACGUCGUCCGCACUGGUGCCAUCGGAGCUGGUGAUGUUAUGGCCGUAUUCUGGGCCUGUUUAAUGGCAACAACAAACCUCCAAUUGUGCAUUCCGCAGUUCAUACAACUUGCGAAGGGGAAGAGUGCGCUCAUUGCGUUACUAGAGCUCGUUGACGAACAACCCGAUAUUCCUCAUUCAGUCCGCUCCAAGCGCUGUCGAGGCGACAUCCUUUUCCGUGACAUUGCCUUCAGCUAUCCAGCACGGCCGAAUGUCCCCGUUCUUCGUGACAUUACACUCUCCCUCCCAGCAAACAAGUUAACCUUCAUUGUUGGCACUUCUGGAUCUGGAAAAUCAACUAUCGCACAUCUCCUCGCUGGUCUAUAUGCAGUUCAAGCAGGCACUAUCACCGUCGACGAUGGUGCUGUCGAUCUCUCCGAACUCGAUAUCGCGGUGGUUGGACAAGGAGCCGCCUCGACUUUGUUUGACAUGAAUAUAUUGGAGAAUGUUGCUGUGGGACGUGGAGAGAUUACCCCCGAAGAUGUUCGCUUCGUUUGCAAACUGGUCCUGUUGCACGACUUCGUGAUGGGGCUGCCCAAUGGAUACGAUACUGUGCUUGGGAAUGGAGGCGCGAGUCUAUCAGGUGGGCAGAAACAACGCCUGGCAUUGGCUCGAGCAAUUCUGCGAAACCCCGACGUGUUGGUUUUCGACGAAGCCACGUCUGCCCUCGAUCCCACCUCUCGUGUCUUGGUAUUUGAAGCUAUUAGGCGGUAUAGAAAUGGGCAAACCACACUGGUGAUCACGCACGACCUUUCCCAAAUUGCCAAAGACGACUUUGUGUAUGUUCUCAAGGAAGGUUGUGUUGUUGAGAAUGGUCUACGAGCCGACUUGGAGGGCUUUCCCUUUGGCGUAUUUGGUGAUCUAGUCACCAUACCACUCACUUAUGGCCAUGACUCCCCAUCCGAGAAGGAUGAAACUCUCCCAAAUUCAACAGGGCAAUCUUCUGCUGAUGUGGACAACCUUACGUUCAGCUCAAGAUCACAUCCUUUUGGCCAAUUUUUCCUCUCAACUAUUUCUUCUGCCCCAUCAGCCCACACCCGCACAUCUAAAAUUACUUCUUCGCCUUUCCUCCCUAAUAUCAACGGUUUCUCAAAGGGACGGACUCCUGCACCAUGGAAACCCCUUCCAGCCCCGUCCACCGUUUUCACUCGCGCCACGGGUUUCUCCAUGUCUCCUGAAAGUGAGAAAAUCAACUGGCAAAGCGAUCUCAAAGUUCGUGUUAUCCCCCAGUCAACCGACGCUCCCGACCACAUACCUUCUAUUUGGCAACUCGUCCAAGACAUAUAUCCAACAAUUCCACAUAAGCCAGUUGUUGCUGUGGGACUUUUCGUGUGUCUGCUCAGUGGGUCGUGCACGCCAGUGUUCUCUUUCCUCCUUUCACGCCUGCUUUUUGAGGUCUCUAUCGGUGCUCAAAACACGCAAGUCAUCAAUAAAUACGGUUUUAUCGUACUCGGGGUCGCUGCUGCUGACGGACUAUUGAUGGGGCUCAAAUAUUUCCUGAUGCAGAGCACCGCGAUGUCCUGGGUAACUCGAAUGCGUGGCCUCGGCUUUGCGCGGGUUCUCCGUCAAGAUCGACCCUGGUUCGACCGGGAUCAUGAAGGCGGAGACCUUGCGCGCAUUCUCAUCACCGACGGAGAUGAUGCGAGGGAGCUUUUGACCGGAACUGUCGGGCAACUUCUUGUCGUCGGUGCCCUUUUUGGUGUUGGCAUGGUUUGGGCGGUCUUGGCUGGGUGGCAGCUUGCCUUGGCGGGCUUUGCGGUUGUCCCUGUGUUUGCCAUGGCCAUGGCUGCGCAGGCCAGACUCAGUUCAACCUGUGAGGCGCGGAACAAACGAGCUAGAGAGGAAAUUGGUAUGCGGUAUUAUGAGACCAUCGCGAACAUCCGUGGCAUUCGUUGCAUGCGAUUGGAGUCCGUCUUCAGAGACCAGUUCGACAAGGCAGCUGAUCGUGCCCUCCAUGUCGCUCGCAGGGGCGCUUUUAUCGAAGGUUGCACUUUCGGGCUUGCGUGUGGUCUGAUUUACCUUGCGGAGGCGCUGUUGUUCUACUUUGGUGCUGUCCUUAUUGCCAGCGGUACCUACUCGUACCUCCAAAUGGUCCAAGUUCUGAACCUCGUCGUUUUUACCGUGACCAUCGGUUCCCAGCUCAUGGCGUUCACUCAGCGUAUUGCCAAGGCAAUUCAUGCGACAAGAGACCUGAGCGAACUGCUUCAUCUACCCACCAGAACUAACGAAACUGACGGGUUCCUCCGCCCUGCCCUGGACGGGGCAAUCACCUUCCACGAUGUCGGCUUCUCCUACCCUGGGCGACCAGAGGCGCCAGUCCUCCGCAACAUCAGCCUUGAAAUCCAGCCUGGAGAAUGUGUUGCCAUCGUUGGCACAUCCGGUUCUGGGAAAUCUACUAUUGCGGCCCUUCUCCAGCGUCUUUACGAGCCAACUUAUGGGGCGAUCUCUGUGGGCUCGAUUCGCGUCCGCUCCACAGACGUUGCACAUCUCCGCGAGCAGAUUUCUGUGGUUAGUCAGCAUCCUACGCUGUUUGACGCGACCAUCGCGGAGAAUAUAGCCUAUGGGAGCGAGGGCUUGUCUGACAAGGACAUCAGGCGGGCAGCGGAGGCGGCCAAUGUGCAUGAGUUUAUCGUUGGUUUGCCGCAGGGAUACCAAACGCCAGUCGGAGAGAAUGCGACGCUGAUUUCGGGUGGUCAGGCACAGAGGCUUCAGAUUGCGCGGGCCCUCGCCCGACCUUCGAAAAUUCUUGUUCUUGACGAGUGCACAUCAGCUUUAGACGACGUUAACCAGGCUGCGAUUCUCGAAACCAUUCGACACGCCAAAGUCGGGCGAACUACUCUCAUGAUCACACACAAACUGCCGGUGAUGCAGUUGUGCGACCGGGUGUUGGUUGUGCAUGAGGGACGGAUUGCGGAGGAGGGGAGGUUUGAGGAGUUGAUUGCCCGAAAGGGUAUCUUUGCGAAUCUAGUGCGAGCGGGAGAGCUCGCGGAGUUGUAG